AUGCAUGGCGCCCUACGCCCCAUCCGCACCCUCACGGCCCUCGUCACCCUCGCCCUCGCCCUCGUCCUCCUCCUCCCCACCACGACCCGCGCCGCAUCAUGGUACUCGCCCGACCGCAAGCGCAGCCUCCGCCACCUCGCCGAGGCCACCUGGCGCCACGCGUACGACUCGUACAAGCUCCACGCCUUCCCCGCCGACGAGCUCCUCCCCCUGUCCUGCGUCGGCCAGGGCCACGACCGCCUCGACCGCACAAACGCCGGCGUCAACGACGUCAUGGGCGACUACCUCUUGACCGUCGUCGACUCGCUCGACACGUUCGCCAUGCUCGGCGACAAGCCCGCGUUCGAGCAGGCCGUGCGCGAGGUCAUCCACCACGUCGACUUUGACCUCGACUCGCGCGUCCAGGUCUUCGAGGUGACGAUCCGCAUGAUGGGCGGCCUCCUCUCGGGCCACCUCCUCGCGCUCCCUCCCUCCCCACCCGGCGCUCCCCUCAACGGCUCGACCUUCACGUCCUCGAUCCGCGGCUUCGACCUGCCCUGGUACCGCUCCGAGCUCCUCGCCCUCGCGCACGACCUCGGCCGCCGCCUCCUCCCGGCGUUCGACACCCCGACCGGGAUCCCGUUCGCGCGCGUGCACCUCCAGACGGGCAUCCGCACCGGGUCAAAGGGCGGCAAGGCGCUCGAGACGGGCGAGACGUGCGCUGCAGGCGCCGGUUCGCUCCUCCUCGAGUUCAUCACCCUGUCGCGCCUGACGGGCGACCCGCAGUUCGAGCUCGCGGCGCGCCGGGCCUUCUUCGCCGUGUGGAACCGCCGGUCCGACAUUGGGCUCGUCGGCAACACGAUCGACGCGAGGACGGGCGUGUGGCUGCAUGCUGUCGGUGGGACGGGAGCCGGCAUCGAUUCGUUCUACGAGUACGCCGCCAAGGCCUACGUCCUGACGGGCGAGGACGAGUACCUGCGCGUGUGGGACGAGGGGCACGCGGCACUGCAGCGCUACGUCCGCUCGAGCGACGGCUUCUGGUACCGCCCGGCGCACAUGAGCACGGGCCAGCUCGCGUCGUCGUACGUCGACUCGCUGUCGGCGUUCCUCCCCGGCGUGCAGGUCCUCAUGGGCGACCUCGACAGCGCGACGCGCGCCCACGCGCCGUUCGCCUUCAUGUGGGACCGGUAUCGAGGCUUGCCCGAGCUGUUUGACACGCUGCGCAGGCAGGGCGGCGGCCUGCAGCUCGGGUACCCGCUCCGGCCCGAGUUCAUCGAGAGCAACAUGUACCUGUACCAGGCGACGGGCGACGAGUGGUACCUGUCGAUCGCCGAGCGCGCCCUGCACGACAUCAACGCGCGCGCGAGGGUCGAGUGCGGGUUCGCCGCCGUCAAGGACCUGCGCACGGGCGAGCUCGAGGACAAGAUGCCGAGCUUUGUCACGGGCGAGACGCUCAAGUACCUGUACCUCACGUUUGCCGAGGACUCGCCCUUCCUCCGCGACGACUCGGCGUUCGUGUUCACGACCGAGGGCCACCCGCUCGAGAUCCCGCACCCGCCGCCGACCGCCUCGCAGCGCUCGCGCUCGCGCGGCAAGCGCCCACUCGCUCGACCCCCUCCCUCAUCCUCUUCCUCCUUGCCCAGCUCCGCCGGCUCGACUUCUUCUUCUUCUUCGACCUCAUCCUCGCCCACCCCGGACGCCGACACCGCUGCAGCCGCCUCGGCGCCGACCUGUGCGGCGCACGACCCGCUCGCCGACGAGCGGCACGCGCACUUUCUCGCGCUCGGCAUGGACCGGCGCACGGACUGGGAGCACGCGCGGUGGCUCGUGGGCCAGGUCCCGAGCGCCGAAGACGAGGAGAGGCUCGUGCGGGACGGGACGUGGAGGGCCGAGGGGUGGUGCGAGGUGCCUGCGGGCGAGGACCCUUCCACCACCUCGACCCUCGCGACGCAAUACGCCUCGCACCUCGCCGCCGUCCGCGCCUUUAUCGCGUCGCAUCUCCCGUCCGACUCGAGCAUAGAGCUCCUCUUUGCGGCGACGAGCGACGGCGAGGUCGUCGCGCCGAGCGCGGCCCAGCUCGGCCCGCACGAGAGCGGCAGCGGCGACGUCGUCGUGCACUCGAUCGCGGGACUGCGCUUCUCGCUCGCGCGCACGGGCGAGGGCACGGGCGCGAGCGCGCCUGGGGCAGGUGGAUCAGGGGCGGGAGGAGGAGCAGGGUCGGCAGGGCAGGCGCAGGGCUGGUACGCCGUGACGCGCGUCGGCGGCGUGACCGUCCCAGCGGGCAAGAGCGUCGUCAUCCGCGACGAGGCGGUCCUCGCGGGCCUGACGCUGCCGCGCAAGCGCGUCGAGCGCGUCGUGCUUGACGCGGUCGUCGCGCCGGCGGACGAGCCGCCGAUGCGCGAGGAGGAGGAGGAGGAGGGCGACGAGGAGGGCGGCGAGGUGGGGCAGGUGGGGCGAGGCGGGCGGGCAGGGAGGAAGCUCGAUCGGUUCAUCGACAUGGUGGUGGGCGGGCGAGGCGACGCUGUCGAUGGCGCGACUGAGGGCGCAGCCCUCGACAACGUCGACGACCCGGACCUCGACCUCGACCUCGACCCGUCCCUGCCGCACGCCCUGCAGCUCGACGCCCUCGCCGCCUCGUUCGGGCCCUCCCUCACCGACCUGAACCUCGCCUUUGCCCUCGAUGGCGGCCCCCUUCCGCUCGUCCUUCCUCCCUCGACCGCCUCGCCGUUCGGCUGCGCGCCCGUUCCCCUCCCUCGCCCCGACUCGACUGUCGAGCCCGACGCCGCACCACCUCGCCAUAUCCUCCUCCUCCGUCGCGGCGAGUGCUCCUUCGCCCAGAAGGCCCACCACGCCGCGCGCUCGGGCGCCGCCGGCGUCGUCCUCGUCUCGGGUCCAGGCGACGCCGAUCCCGACGGCGACGGCGCCGACGCCGGCGAGGGCUUCAUCGUCCCGAGCGCUGCGGCCGACGACGAGCCCGAGGGCACGAUGCGCGACCUGGUGCCGCUCGUGCUCGUCGGGCGCAGCGCCGGCCUCGAGCUCGAGGCGCUCGUGCGCCGCGUGCGCGAGGCGAACGCACGGCUCGAGGAGGGCUGGUCGGCGGCGCGCGAGGACGAGGUCGAUGCGGGGCAGCGGGCGGCGCACGUGUGGGUCACGGUCGAGCGAGGCGAGGGGGAGGACGAGGACGAGGUGGUCGACUCGGAGGUGGGCGGGAUUUACACGCUCGGCGGCUUUGCCGUCACCAACUGCCGAGUGCAGCACGGCGGCAGACGUACAUAGACUAGACACAGCACCUGUUGUAAUCCUCUCGCUCUGCG